AUGUCACGAAAGCUUUCGUUUUCGAGGAUAGAUCAGUGUGUUGCGAUGCAUCGAACGAAUCAAAAUCCACCAAAUCACUCCACAAGUACAACUCAAAGUAGGCAAAGAAGAUUGAAAGAAACUGUAACAAAAUAUACGAGACCUUUUCUCAUUAUCUUAAUUUUUAAAAGGAAAGAAAGAAUCUCUAACUGUGGGAACCGUAAUGUGUCCGACGAAUCCAGUGUCAGUACUUUAGAUUUACAAAGGCUGUGUGCUACUACCAGCAAUAAACAAGAUUCGAGUGAAUCCACUUCGACUAUCGAAAGUCUUCAAAAGCCACGCACCAAACUCGUACGUAGCGAAAAGUGCAAGAAAGACAUCAGCAUUUGGAAUCAACUGAUACGUCUGAAAACUUUCGAUUGCAUUAGCCGAGAAAACCUAAUCAAUCGUCUUGCCCAGCUCAUCUAUAAACAGAAUAGUUUGGAAUCUAUUUGUCUGGAGGGUCUGUCGUUAACGCCGAACGAAGGUAUACGGUUGUUAUUGGCAUUGUACAACUCUCGUGAAACAGUGAAAUACGUGUAUUGUUGGCGGGCAUUCGAGAAAAUGGUAAGCAUUUCAAUGGACGGUGAUCAUCGUGUUGGAUCAAGAUUUUAUGCGGAUAAAAAGAUCGAGAAAUGCGACUGGUUCCGCGCGAUUGGCUGCUUGGAGUGUCUCACCACCUUGUCUAUAAAUUAUGCGUAUAUAGCAACACCCACGGGAGAUCUACUUAUCAAUCUCGCCAAGAAACUUCAACGAAAUUGGCAAUGGUUGCAAUUGCUUUGUUUAGAGGAAGAAAUUCCGCAAAAGACUGUAUCUGGAAAUAGGGGAGUAGUCUUAAUACCCGACAAAGCUUGGAGGAAAGCUCACAUUUUAUCGCCGGCAUUAAAAAUACAAUAUGCAAUCAUUGGAAUACCAGAAUACGAUAAUCACAAAAAGUUUUUCACAAAAAACACCCAAAUACAUACAUUUGCAUUAUCUACAUGUGUUGAUCUAAGAUUUCGUCAACCCUGGUUUCUGGAUUGCACGAUCAAAACACUUUGUUCGUGGUAUUCGAGUUCUCUAGUAUAUUUAUGUCUACAAUUGUGGCACAAUCGCGAGAACUUGGAUAAUCAAUUAAGAAAGCUGUUUCUUGAUUUACCGUCGCUUCGAGUUUUCGAAUUUAUCGGUGAAAUUCGAAUGUUAAAAACAUUGUGUGCUAUGUGCUGUCAGAUACGAUCCGGCAGUUGCAAUGUUUGUCGGGUCAAUAUGCAACUUCAAGAAAUUAUACACGAUGACAUAGACAAAGAAAAAUGGAUGAAGGGUAUAAAGUGUUUGAUGGUUUGUUUUAAACAUGAUUUUGACAUAAUGAACGUUAAAUUUGACAUUAGCUUUUAUAGGUUUUGA